GGCAUUUUUCUUGCUCAGGGUGCUGUAUAUACGAGAUGGCUGCUCAUCGCCCUGCUUUUAAAGCUUUUGAUAUGGCAGGAUUGAUAAGCAAGAUAAACCGUUCUUCCAUUGGCCCUUUGCCUCCAUGUUAUUCCCCUUCGUUGAAAACAUUGAUAAAGGGCAUGCUAAGAAAAAAUCCUGAGCAUCGGCCAACAGCAUCUGAGGUGUUAAAGCACCCCUAUUUGCAGCCUUAUGUUGACCAAUAUCGUCCAUCUUUCAGUCCUCCAACAACCUGUUCUCCUGAAAAACCAAUUUCUGCUGUCAAUGAUCCUCGAAAAAAUAUGGCUGAAAGCCAAAACAGCAAUAGUUCAAGUAGUGACAAAGAUAGUUUGAUGUCAAAUGAGAAAAACAUUGCAACUGAGAUAAUAAACAAGUUUGCAACAGCAAGGUCUCUCAGCUGA